AUGCUGGAUUUACAAAAUGAUGACCGAACAAUAGCCCUCACUAAAGAAUUCAAGAAAAUGAAGCCACCAUCUUUCCACGGGGAUGUGGACCCAUUGAAGGCUGAUGCUUGGGUCCUUGGCAUUGAGAAGUUAAUCGCAGUAUUCCGAUGCCUGGAGACACAGAAAAUGCAAUUGGCCACCUUCACACUAGAAGAUGAAGCAAGAAGGUGGUGGAUGCUAAUCUGUGAUGAUAACAAGGGCAUUGACUGGGUACAAUUUAUUGUAGUCUUUUACGAGAAAUACUUUCCACAGUCUAUCUGUGAUAGAAAGGUGUCAGAAUUUGAAGGACUAAAGCAAGGCAAUCUGACUGAAGCUGAGUAUGAAGCCAAGUUCACUAAAUUGGCUAGAUUAGCUCUGCAUAUGGUUGACAUUGACUAUAAAAAGGCGAGGAAGUUUGAAAAUGGCCUUCGAAAUGACAUCCUAGAAAGGGUGAAUGUCUUAAAAUUGCCCACUUCUGUUGAUGUGCUAGAUCGAGCUUUAAUGUCAGAAAUUAACAUGGUGAAGCGAGGUAAACCAUCGGCUGACUGGAAGGCUAAGAGGUUGUCAUGA